CACAGUGGGGAAGCCAAGAUCUAAGAGCCUCACAUCACAAACUGCUGGGCUGUCCAGAAACAGCUGCAGCUCCAGAUAUGGGGAGCUCUCCUUUGGCAUGGAUUUUCCUGACAAGCUUAUUGCUGAGGAUCACAGAGCCAGGGGAUUGCAAGGUGUAUUAUGAUUGUGGAGCUGUACUGAACCCUUCAGGCACAGACCUUAUUUUAUCUCCAGGAUUUCCCAACAACUACCUCCCUGACUCUCACUGUCUGUGGCAGAUCUUAGUUCCCCCAGGUUCCACUGUUGUGUUGGAAACUCUGGAUUUUGAUGUAUUUGAUAGCUCUGGUAAUGAUGAAUCUGCAACCAGCUAUGCCUUUUCCGAUGUCAGCUCUCACUCUGAAUACAAGAGCGAAAGAAAGGACAAUUCUACAAAGGAUGAUUUGUCUAAUGAUCUGGAAAUAGGACUGACAGCAGAAAAGGAGGGUUACCAAAAUGAGUCCAACAACCAGAUGUACACAGAAACAAGUGAUAAAGGAAAUAAACCAGUGACAGAUCUGACAACGGAUCAGAACUUUAUCAGUCAAAUAUCAAGCACACUAUCUGCAGCUACAGGGAAAUAUGAAAGCCUGACUGAAGAAGUCAACACCCCUAUGCAUCUUCUACCAGCGGUCACAAAUAAAAUGGCAACAGUUCCCUUUGAACAGGUGAGUGAAGGUGCACCAUCAAUAGGCAUUGGAACUGACCCCUUCACUACACCACCUCCAGUACUGGAAAUGUGCCCACUUGAUGUCCUCUAUAUCACCGACCUGGUCACUUACUCUGCUCGGUUUUGUGGAUCCAUUUCUCCUAUAAAUAGAAGUCUCACCUUUGGGUCUCCUGUUGAGAUGAUCGAGGUGAUUUUGGAGCUAAUUACAACUACUAACCGUGGCCAUGGCUUUGCAAUCCUCUUGUCUUACCGUAACCAGUCUUUGGUGACUACUAUGGGUCUUCAGGAGAGACGUGGCAGGGAAGAUGUAGAACUGUUGGCUGUGAUUGCUGCUACCAUGACAUUUGCUUUGGUACUUCUGCUGGCAAUUUGCCUGACUUAUAGGCAGAAGAUAUGUCACAAAAGAGAACACAGUGACAGCCAGAUCGCCACACAAGUGAAUGGAAUACAGAAUACUGCCCUAGAAGUCAAUGAACUUCAAUUAGUUGUAUCUGAUGAAGACUUACAAAGCGCAGAGUUUGAAAAUGCCAGUCAUUUUGAAGGGGUUGCAGAUGUUUCUCAGCAGUCACAGCUGGAUGAUCCUUCUUCAUGUAUUAUUGCAGUGACCGAUUCUAACAGUGAUGAGGUUUUUGUUAUCUCACCGGGAAAUCACACGAACUGUAGCACCCUAAAUUCUACCCAUUUACAGGUACGAAACCUAAAGAGAAGUGUAACAAGCCCUGCUUCUGUAUCUGACUUGCUCACCUCAGAUUACACAAGUGUGGAUUUAACUGUAGAGGACAAAGCAAAUGAAGGUGAAGAAGUAGAUGCAGCCAGGCAAAGGGCCUGGAGUGUCCGCCCUUUUAAUAGCCUAUUGCCCCAACUACAGAUGAAAUGGCGGAGUCGUACCUCUAGUGGUUCUUUCACAAAACUGCUAGAUAGUGGUGCUGUACCUGUGAAGAGACUAAGCCCCAAGAUCGCCAGAAGAGUUGGGUCUGCUGCACAGAUUGGAGAAAAUUCUACUCGCUUAUAUUCAGAAUCUGCAGAGAGUAAUGCAUCCUAUCCCCUUACACACUCUGCACAUAUCAAUAGAAAUUUCCCAUUGAGCAACCUCAAGAGGACACGACCAUGUUUAAGAUUGCUGAAUGAUUCCUCUGACUGUGCAUGCUGUGACCAAACAUCUGCCUUUGCAAAGGAGAAUCACAGUCUGUGCCAUAAACCUACCACAGAGUAUCCAAGCUCACACAAAAUAACAGCAACCAAUGCAGCGCAAGCCAGAGAUCUCUCAAUGGACUUUGAAAAGCCAAAUACUGUGAAGAGGCAGAUGAUCAGCGGCCCUUGGUAUUUGAUGACCCAGCUGGGCGCCCCCACGGAGUGUGAAUUGCACAGUUCUGAUAUGGAUUGCAAAGAAAAUAACUGCUCUCUUGUAUUGAAAAGGUCUUGCUGUAAUGUUAGUCCUUGGAUGAAGUCUCCAGAUACUUCCAUUUUUAAGUGUGUACAAAAGAAUGUGUCAUUGGAUUCACUCGGGAGUCUCAACCCUCACUGCACUACAACGGUGGGUAGACCCGACUCCGCAGGAAGCGCAGCUUUCCAAUCCCCACCAAUCGGAUUAGUAACAGAAUGAUUGACUGAACUUGGUGACAAUUAACAGGGGUUAUUAUACCAGUAAUAAUAAUUCCAUCUGAUAUUUCAUGGUGAUCAGGUAAUCCACUUCUUCUGGAAACAUUGACAAAGUCACUGGCAAACAAGAACCAUCGGUGCCAAGUGUUUUCAUGAAAGACAACUGCCAACGUCUCUCGCAUUGCAGUACGGACGCACAUUAUCCAUAUGAUAAUUCCAGCGUGUAUUUCAGUCUAAUUAAUACA